AUGAUCACAGAAUUCCUGUCCCUGCUUUACCUUGGGCUUUGUCUGGGCAAUGAAGAUGAGAAAAAUAAUGAGAAAUUUUCCAAAUCCCUCCUCCAUGCCUUGCCCAGCUCAGAGGUUGAACACAACAGCAAUGUGACCCUCAAGUGCCAGUCUGACGUCCAGAAUGUGACAUUCAUGCUGGGGAAGUUGCAGGACUCUGGGUACAAGCAAGAAUGCAACUCAACAGGACAGGACACUAAAUUCCUCGUCACUGACCUGAAGCCUAAAGAUGCUGGACAGUACUUUUGUACCUACAAGACAGUGGCUGUAGAGAAAUGGGAACUCAGUGUGAGAAUAAGGCUCUUAUCAGGAAUUCUGAACACCGAAGUCAUCUUUGUUGCCACCUUCAGCUGCCUCUCUCUCUUUCUCCUCUUCAUUGCCAUCUUCUUCAUCUACAGAUGCACUCAGCACGAUUCAUCACAUGAAGAAUCCACCAAGAGAACCAGCCAUUCCAAAUGUCCCAAGCAGGGAGCUGCAGGUGUAUCCAAACUGGAAAGAAUAUCUGAAUCGCCUGAAGAAUCCCAGGGAGUGACCUAUGCACAGCUAAACAUCAACGCACUGUCUGAGGCAGCUUCUGUCCCCACCGAGAAGCCCCCAGGGUCGUGUGACUACGCAACACUGAAGGUAUAG